UUUUCAAUGCACUCUAAGAUGACCUGCUUACAGGUUCUCUGAGGCAGACUUCAGUUGCUCUUGUGCUAACUUUGUUUUGAUAAGGGCUAAACAGUUACUUAAAUUUCCAAAUGAUGUAGAGUUGUCAAAAUGUUUAAUAAUCUUUGCCACUACAAAAUGACAUUUUAGUGGAUAAGUUUAUAUUGAAAUGUCUUUCAAUUUAUAUUGAAAUAUCUGAAGGCACCUCUAAAAUUUGGGUGAUGACAGAGGUACAGAUUGUAAGAUUUAAUUAUAAAAUGAAUGGGUGGUACGCUGUGAAGAAUACAGAAAUGAACAGAAAGAUGUGACUGACUGGCUUUUUUACCUUUCAGAGCUUGAGGUUUUUUAUAAAGAUUUAUAAAAGUGUUGAUUCUUGUUUUUAUUGUACCCUGCAGGCUUGUAUAAACUGGCAUAAAAAUGGCAUACUCCGUUUUUCUGGUGAACUCAUAACAUUAAAAAGAAAGUAUUUGAAAUGGUCACAUUAAAGUCUAGGAGUGUCGGAAUGCAUUUUACUGUAUUUGUUUUAUUGUCCUUUUCAUUGUAAUUUUGCCAAUGAAAACCAAAAUAGUGAUGCUUGUAUGGCCCUUUGAAAUAAAAUACUCAUAUGUGCAAGUUGGGUCAAAAUUGGCUUAAGAGAACUUAGUGUAUUUAAUGAGAAUUUUUAUAUAUUGACCCAGCACUAAUAUUUUCUAAAAAUAUUUUAUUAUAACUUUGAUUUUAUUACUGUCUCUUCUGGAUUGUAGUAAUACUUGUUGACCAGUUAUAUGAUGGUCAAACUUUUAUUUUAAAAGUUUAGGUUUUGAUCUAUGCCUACCAAUGAGUCCUUUCCUUCUUAAAGCUGUAGCUGACUCUCAAGAAAGGUCGUUGUACAUUUUAGUCCUCUCAAAUGAUUCAUUGUCAACUGCUGAUUUUCAGAGAUAGACGGCAAAGGAGGAAAAAAAGCAAGAGCAGAAGUCGUAGUCAUGAACGAAAAAGAAGCAAAAGUAAGGAACGGAAGCGAAGUAGAGACAGAGAAAGGAAAAAGAGCAAAAGCCGAGAAAGGAAGCGAAGUAGAAGCAAAGAAAGGAGACGGAGUCGUUCAAGAAGUCGAGAUCGCAGAUUCAGAGGCCGCUACAGAAGUCCUUACUCCGGACCAAAAUUUAACAGUGCCAUCCGAGGAAAGAUUGGGUUGCCUCAUAGCAUCAAAUUAAGCAGACGACGUUCCCGAAGCAAAAGUCCAUUCAGAAAAGACAAGAGCCCUGUGAGGGAACCGAUUGAUAACCUAACUCCUGAGGAAAGAGAUGCAAGGACUGUUUUCUGCAUGCAGCUGGCAGCAAGAAUUCGCCCAAGGGAUUUGGAAGAGUUUUUCUCUACAGUAGGAAAGGUUCGAGAUGUGAGGAUGAUUUCUGACAGAAAUUCAAGACGGUCUAAAGGAAUUGCUUAUGUGGAAUUUGUUGAUGUUAGCUCAGUGCCUCUAGCAAUAGGAUUAACUGGCCAGCGUGUUUUAGGAGUGCCAAUCAUUGUACAGGCAUCACAGGCGGAGAAGAACAGAGCUGCAGCAAUGGCAAACAAUCUACAAAAGGGAAGUGCUGGACCUAUGAGGCUUUAUGUGGGCUCAUUACAUUUUAACAUAACUGAAGAUAUGCUUCGGGGGAUCUUUGAGCCUUUUGGAAGGAUUGAAAGUAUCCAGCUCAUGAUGGAUAGUGAAACAGGUCGAUCCAAGGGAUAUGGAUUUAUUACGUUUUCUGAUUCAGAAUGUGCCAAGAAAGCUUUGGAACAACUAAAUGGAUUUGAGCUAGCAGGAAGGCCAAUGAAGGUUGGUCAUGUUACUGAACGUACUGAUGCUUCCAGUGCUAGCUCGUUUUUGGACAGUGAUGAACUAGAAAGGACUGGAAUUGACUUGGGAACAACUGGUCGUCUCCAAUUAAUGGCAAGACUCGCAGAGGGUACAGGUUUGCAGAUCCCACCGGCAGCACAGCAAGCUUUGCAAAUGAGUGGCUCUUUGGCAUUUGGUGCUGUGGCAGAAUUCUCUUUUGUUAUAGAUUUGCAAACAAGACUUUCCCAACAGACUGAAGCUUCAGCAUUAGCUGCAGCUGCCUCUGUUCAACCUCUUGCAACACAGUGUUUCCAGCUGUCUAACAUGUUUAACCCUCAAACAGAAGAAGAAGUUGGAUGGGAUACGGAGAUUAAAGAUGAUGUGAUUGAAGAAUGUAAUAAACAUGGAGGAGUUAUUCAUAUUUAUGUUGACAAAAAUUCAGCUCAGGGCAAUGUGUAUGUGAAGUGCCCAUCAAUUGCUGCAGCUAUUGCUGCUGUCAAUGCAUUGCAUGGCAGGUGGUUUGCUGGUAAAAUGAUAACAGCAGCAUAUGUACCUCUUCCAACUUAUCACAACCUCUUUCCUGACUCUAUGACAGCAACACAACUACUGGUUCCAAGUAGACGAUGAAGGAAAAUACAGUCCUUUAUGUACAUAGCUUUUUUUUUCUUGAGAAUUCAUCUUGAGUUAUCUUUUAUUUAGAUAAAAAUAAAGAGGCAAGGGUCUACUGUCAUUUGUAUACAAUUCCUGUUACACUGAAAAAAUAAAAAUGUUAACAGGAAUGCAGUGUGCUCAUUCUCCCUAACUAGCAAAUCCCACUGUAUACAAAGCUGUUCUCUUGUUCUGCCUUUUAAGUGUACAUGUAGAAAAUUACAUUAAGGAUAUAGGAAUAGCUCUAGGGGAACAAAUGUGCUUAACAUAAAAAGGCAGACAGGGAUGUAAUGAUGUUUUUAAUGUUUCAGAAGCCUAACUUUUUACACAGCAGUUACAUUUCACUAAUGUUGAUAUUUGGUUAAUGGUUUAGCAGAGUUUUCUGGAAGACAGUUUAUGGAAAUUUAAGACAGCUAAAAGGGCUGUUUGACUAACAUCUCAUCUUGCAUUCUGAUCAACUGGCAAGAAAAGGAGAUUCCAAAAUUACAUUUCUGGAUGGUAUCGUUUCAGUUAAUGUAUCUGUAAAAGUUUCUUUGUAAAUAUUAUGUGUUCUGGUGUGUCUAAGAUUCCAAACAAAAUGAUCCCUGCAUUUCCUCAAGAUGUUCAGUGACAGUCUGGUGAGCAAAGCAGUCUGAGUAAGAAAUAGGAAAUGCAGAAAUAGGUUUUGUCUGGUUGCAUAUAUAAUCUUUGCUCUUUUUAAGCUCUGUGAGCUCUGAAAUAUAUUUUUGGGUUACUUCAGUGUGUUUGACAAGACAGCUUGAUAUUUCUAUCAAACAAAUGACUUUCAUAUUGCAACAAUCUUUGUAAGAACCACUCAAAUAAAAUUCUCUUUAAAAGGC